GUGUGGAAAAGAUGAUUUCAAAAAGACUCGAGAUCGAGAUGCAUACUUAAAUCAUAAAUUUCUAUGUAAACCUAGUAAUAUCCAAAAUCCUAUUGUAGCUCCAGACACAAAGUGUCUUGCUUCACAGACACUAUUACUACAAAAUCCUGCUACAAAUCAAAUUUCAACUCAAACCUAUGUUCCAGUAGAUGAUUUAAUCCAAUUAGAUGAUACACUCUUAUCACCUAUUCAAAAUAUAUCUUCAGACAAUGUUUCUUCAAAUCUACCCCAAAAUAAUAUAGAAUGCACUGAUGAAAAAUGGCCCGAAUUAGCUGGAACCCUGCUCUAUGACUAUCCAAAAAGAAAUGUCAUAACUGUAGAAGGCAAUUUUGGUGGUAAACCAGUAAGAAAAAAUUAUAAAUUAACAAACAAAGAGUUAAUAUUCGAAGAAUGCAAAUCUAAUUUUGAUCCUUUAAGAUCCCAUCAGAACUUAACAAUGAUGAGUUUAUGGCAAGCAGUUAUUCCAUCUUCUAAAAACAUAAAAUAUAGAUUCAAUCAUCAUGUUGAAAACCCCAAUAAAUAUUUAGAAGCACCCUAUAUGCCUCAACUUAUAGCAAAUGCAAAAGAACAAAUUACAAAAA